GCAGCGAAGGACGCCCGAUCCGGACGGCUUACGCGCGGGCGCACCGCGCUGUACGGGCAGCUUCGAGAAAGUGAAAACUGGAUUGCAACCGGCUUUCUCUUCACUUUUGCUUUUCUACUAGCGUAUGCCAAGUUUAGCUCUGUCGCACACACCGCGCCAGCAGUUGAGCUCACUGACGGCGAGCGUCGACCACUGUCAGCUGAAGAUGGAAGUCAUGGGCCAUCAGUCAUACUUUGAAUUCAGCUCACAUGUGGAGAACCUGCUAUUUCGAGGCCUCUCAGCAUCCUCUCUUGGAGGCAUGCUCGGCAUGUGUCUGGGAGUGGCUGCCUUCUCUGUGCUGUAUGAAUCCAUCACAGCAUCACGCCAUUAUGUAACAGAAGUGCACAAACAGAGCCUGUGGGCGCCCAGUCAACGGAGUCGCCUUGAGGCCAGCCCAGACGCCUCUCAGGUGAACCUCCUGUACGGCCAUAUGGAUGCAGAGCGUUGGGGAAAACUCAAAUUCCGUCUGCUACAGACUCUGCUUCAUGCACUGCAGUUGACUCUUGGCUUCUUGGUGAUGCUUAUCAUCAUGCGCUACAAUGGGUGGAUUGCCAUUUCUGUCCUGCUUGCCUCUGGCUUGGCUCACCAUUGCCUUAGCCGCCUCGUCAUGCCUGCACGGUUGCUACCAGCGUCCGACUGACAAUGCCAAGGAAGAAGAGUACGCUGCUGAUGGCAGAAAAAAUGGACACAAAAGCUCUUUACUGAGAAUCAGCUUGUGCAGAACAUUUUUGUGCGCUGUUUCAACUGUUUCUAAGGCAGUGUCGUCAGUUUUACCUCAAGCUUUCCGUCUCCUCUGUGGGCAUCCCCUGCAUGCCACUACAUGGAAAGACUUGACAGACAUCUCCUUCUAAGAUCUAAGUUGUGAAUGUCCUGUGAUGCCUGAUGGGCUGCCAAAUGAGUGUUCAAGGACACAGUUGUGCUUUAACAGAAGUGAGUUGUGAAGCUCCCAGUCAACCAUUUGUAUACUUCUGCAGCUGUGUUUCCCUGUGGAAAAAAAAAAGCGCCUAUCACCAAGUGAUGUAUGUACACACUGACUGUCAUUUAAUGGCAGAUUUAUUUACAUAAAAAGGCAGUUUAGUUGUCAUUUCGGCUGGUAAAGUCCAGGUGGUAGUUUGGGCUGCACCAUCUUGCUGCUGGUAUCAAACAGAUACUUCCUAAAUUGCAGAGUGACCUCGAUGGGCUUUUGGUCUGCAGGCUGUGGUGGGCGCUUACCACGCUCUCGCGGUAGUAGGGUACGCAGCUCUGUAGACGGUUCACCUGAAAUUCAUAGAACCCGUCAUGAGGCCUCUGCUAUGAUAGCUGGUCUAACCACACAAAUCAGUACUGCCCUGCAGCUUUUGCCUUAUGGUUUUAAAGGUCAUCAAAAUAUAAAAUAUGAAUUUGUGUAUAUACAUAAGAUUAAAAACAAGUAUUAAAAAUAAAUAAAACUACAAAAAUAUAA